UUAUUAAAAUUAAUGUAUGUUUACAUAUUGAUAUAUUAUCUAAAGCAGGGGUGCUCAAGAUCGUCUUAUGGCAGUGCGUUUACUAACACAUCCACAAGAAAACGUGUACAUAUGUAGCGGCGCGUUUGUGUUGGGGUGCAGCUGUGCACUGAGAGAAAAAUGCCUAUAGAGAAUGUAUUUGGUGUUUACCUCCAGAACUACGAAGCAUAUUAAGCAUUGUACUUCGCAUUUAAAGUUUAUGCUAAAAAAAACUGCUCUCUAAUUCAUCACUCAUUUUGAUCCGCCAAAAAAUUUAACAUAACACUUACGAUGGUCAACCCCGAAAUAAAUCAAAAGCCAACGCAGACAGAAAGAUAAGUUUCAGUGCAUGUGCUCGAGGAAAAAACAAAAACAAAAUACAUUGCGAUCAGAUAAGCGUGACGACGGACAGAGAUGUAAUGAAGAAACAAGCAAAAUUGUUUUUGUUUCGCAUGCAAAUCGAAGCCCAUAUGCACGGUGCUUAUGGGCGCACUACCCAUAAGCACAGAGCUCUACAAAAACAAAAGUGCACUCGGUGCAUAGGCGUUGAGCACCCCUGAUCUAAAGCAUUAUUUAUUGUUUGGUUUUUUCUGUUAACUAACAUUUAGAUAUAUAAAAAGCUAGAUAAGCAUCCCUACCGGCGUGUUACGGCAAAUGCCAUUUGUUUUUGUUUACUAGCUGUAAAAAUUGUAUAAAACUCAAUAAAUAAUUAUUAAUAAUGGCUGGAGAGGUCAUUGUGGAUGCUUUACCUUACAUAGAUCACGGUUACGAUGAUGUGGGAGUCAGGGAAUCGGCCCUCGCUAUGGUGGAGGAGGAGUGUCGGCGCUAUCGCCCCACCAAGAAUUACCUUGAUCACCUCCCUUUGCCCGCCAGCUCCCCGUUUGAGACUCCACUGAUGGUGAACGAGUUUGAGCGAAUCCAGAACCGCCUGCCUAUGGAGACACUCUCCAUGAAGCGCUACGAAUUGCCUCCUCCACCGUCCGGAAAGCUGUCCGAGGUGUCUGCCUGGCAGGAGGCCAUCGAAAACUCCAUGGCCCAGCUGGAACACCAGUGGGUGAGGUCCCUGAAUCUAGAACUGAUGCUCGACUACGGCACAGAGGCGUGGAAGUCCUACCUGGAAGUCUUCACCGCCAUGCAGGCGAAGGCGCAGCUGCAGCUUCAACAGCUAAAGAAGGACAUCCAGGACGUAAACUGGCAACGCAAGCAAGCGCAGACGCAGGCGGGCGAGAGGUUGCGAUCUUUGGAGGCCCACUGGGUGCUGCUGGUGUCAAAGAACUACGAGAUUGAGACGGAAUGUGUCGAGCUGGAGAAGCUCGUACAUGCCGCCAGACAAAAACUACAGACAAUGGCCCCGCUUCCCAGCGCCAAUGACACUGCCCCCACGCCGGAGCACACGAAUGGAUUUGACCAGGACAAUCUCGUCGAGAGCAAUGGAAGCAGCUCCAGUAGCAGUAAUAGCAAUGUUGAUCAAGAGGGUGAGGGCAUACCAGUUUCAGAUGAAACCGGCGGCAAUGAGGAGGAUAAACCUGAGGACCAGGAGGAGUCUUCCAAUGAGUCAGCCACAGCCUGAGUGACACCUUGUAACUUAACAACAUUUUCAAAAUUGUAACUUAACACAUAAAUAAAAUAUGACAAGAACUGA